AUGUGUGUGGUUUGUGGUGGGGGGGGGUUUGGUGUUUGGGAUUUGUGUGAGGUUGUGGGUAGUGGUUUUGUGUUGGGUUUUGGUGGGGGGUGGAGGGGGUGUUUGGUGAUAUGUGGGGGUGGGGGGGGUUUUGAUGGGGGGUGGGGGGGGGGUGGUGUGUUAUGGGGGUUGUGGAGUUUUGGAUGUUAUGUUAGUGAUGUGUUGAUGGUUGUGGGUUGGGGGGUUUGGUUUGGGGGGUGGGGGGGUUGUUGUUUUUUUGUUUGGGUUGGUUUGGUUGUAUUUUGUGGGGGUGUUUUGUGUGGUUUGGGGGUUUGUUGUGGGUUGUGUGUGGGGUGGUGUAGGGGGUGGUGUGUGGUGGGUGUGUUGGGGGUGGUGUGUGGGGGGGUGUUGUGUGGGUGUGUUGUUGGGUUGGUUUGUGGGGUGUUUUUGGGGGUGGUUUUGGGGGUGGUUGGGGGUGGUUGUGUGGGGUGGUUGUGUGGGUGGUUGUGUGGUUGUGUUGGUGUGUGUGGUGGGGUUAGUGGGUUGGUUUGGGUGGUUGAGUGUGGGGGGUGGGGUUUGUUGGGUGUGGUGUGGGGGGUGUUUGUGGGGUGGUUUGGGGGGUGGUUGUGUGGGUGGUUAGGGUGGGUGUGGGGUUGUUGGGGUUGGUGUGGGUGGUUGUGGGGGGUGGUUUGUGGGGGGUGGUGUGGUGGUGGUAGUGGGGUGGUGUGGGGGUGGUGGGGGUGGUUGUGGGGUGGUGUUGGGGUGUUUUGUGGGGGGGUGGGUUUGUGGGGUGGUUUGUGGGUGGUGGUUGUGUGGGGGUGUUUUGUGGGGUGGUUUGGGGGUGGUUUGUGGGGGGUGUGUGUGGGGGAGGUAGUGUGGGUGGAUAUGGUGUGGGGUUUGUGGGGGUUGUUUUGGAUGGGGGGUGUUGUGGUGUGGGGGGGGGGGUGUUGGGGGUUGAGGGUUGGUGGGUGGGGGUGGGGUUGUGAGGGGGGGUGUGGGGGGGUUGGUGUUUGUGGUAGGGGUUGGGGGGUGGGUGGUGGGGGUGUUGGGGGGGGGUUGGGGGGGGGGGGUGGGGGGUUUGGUAUGGGUGUGGUUGUGUUAUGUUGUUGUUGGUUUAUUGUGGAGGGGGUUGGAAUGGGUGGGUGGUAUAUGGUAAUGAUUGGGGUUUGUAUGGGUGGUGUGUUUUGGGUGUUUGUGGAUUGGGGGUGGGUAGGGUGGGUGGUUGUGGUGUUGUGUGGGGGGGGGUGGUUUAGGGGGGUUUGUGGUGGGGUUAUUGGGGGGUGUGUUUUGGGUUAUGAUGGAUGGGGUUGUUGGGUGGGGGGUGAUAGGGUUUUUGUGUGGGGGGGUUGUAUGGGGGGGUGGGAGUGUGUGUGUUGGGUGGUUGGGGGAUGGUGGGUGGGUGAGUGUGUGAAGUUUGGUGGUGGGUGUUAUUUUGUUGUGGUUGGUGUUGGGGGUUGGUUUGGGUGUGGGUGUGGGGUGUGGGUUUGGGUGUGGGUUUUGUAUGAUUUGGAUGUUGGGGGGGGGGGUUGGGGGGUUGGUGGGUUUUUGAGUGGUGUUGAGGGUUGGGUGGUUGAGGUGGGGGUGGGGGUUUUAGUGGUUGGUGUGGGUUGUUGUUGGGUGGGGGUGGGGGGGGGGUGGGUUGUUGGGGGGGGGUUGGUGGGGGGGGGGGUGGGUGUGGGGGGGGGGGGAUGGUUUGUUUGGGUUUUUAGUGUGGGGGGUAAUAUAGGGUUGUGGGGUUGGGGGGUGUUUUAUGUUUUGAGGUAUUUUUGGGGUUUGGGGUGGGGGUGUGGGUGUGGUUUUGUGGGGGGGGGUGGGGGGGUGAGGUUGGGGGUGGGGAUUUUUUGUAGGGGGGGGGUUUGGGGGGGUGUGGGGGGGGUUGUGUUUGGAUUUUGUGGUUGUUUUGUGGGGUGGAAUUUGAAUGUGGUGGGGAUUUUAAGGGUGGGGGAGGGGGUGGGGAUAAGUGGAUGGGGGGGUGGGGUAGGUUUAGUGAUGUGUGGGAUUUGGGGGUGGGGGUGGUGGGGGGGGUAUGGGAUGGGGUGGGUUUAUGUUAUAGGGGGAGGAUGGAGGUUUUGGUUUAGGGGGGGUGGGUGGGGGUAUGGGUUGAGGUUGAGGGGGAUGGGGUUUAUGGGGUGGGGUUGGGGGGGGGUUGUUUUUGUAGUUGUGAUGGGGGUUGUGGGUGUUGGGAUUAUUGGUUUGGUGGGGGGGGGUGAUUGGGUUAGUUUUGGGUUUUGUGUGGGUUGGGGUGGGUGUUGUUUUGUUGGUUUUGUGGUGGGUGGGGUGGUGGUGUUAGUUAAGGGGUAUAAUAUAGGUUGUGGGGGGUUGGGUGUUGUGAUGUAUUGGUAUGGUAUUUGUGGUGAGUGUGUGGGGUUGGGGGUGGUUUUGGGAUUUUUGGUUAUGUUGGUGGGGGGUUGGGAUUUUUGUAUGGUGUUGGUGGGGGGGGGUGUUGUAGGUUAUGAUGGUAAUUGUGGUGUGGUUGGGGUUGGGUGGGGAUGGUUUGGUGAGAUAGUGGGGGGUGUGGUUGGGUGUUGUGAUGUUUAUGGGUUUGGGUUUGAGGUGGGGGGGGGGGGGUUGGUUUGGUUGAUGUUUUGGGGUUGGUGGGUGUGUUUGGGUGUUUGUGUGGGGGGGGGGGGGGGUUGGGUUGGUUGUUUUGUGGGGGGGGGGGGUGGGUGGGUUGGUAGGGUAGUGUGGGGGGGUGGGGGGGUUUGGUGUUGGUUUGUUGUGUGGGGGGGGGGUUGGGUGUGGGGGGUGGGGGUGGUGUUGUGGUUGGGGUUUGGGUGUGGGGUGGUUUGGUGUUUUGGGGUUGUGGUGGGGGGGGUGGGUUGGGUGGGUGUUUGGGGUGUGGGUGGGGGGGGGUUGUUGGGGGGUUGUGGGGGUGUGUGGGGGGUGGGGGGGGUGGGGGUGGGGGGGGGUUGGGGGUGGUGGGGGUGGUGGGGGGGUGUGGGUGGGGGGUUGGGGGGGGGGAUGGGGGGGGGGGGGGUGGUGUUGGUUGUUUGUGGGGUGGGGGGGGGUUUUUGUUGGGGGGGUGGUUUGUUUUGGGUGUGGGGUAUUUUGAGGUGGUUUAAUGUGGGGGUUUGGUUAAGAGUGUGUGGGUUUAGUAGGGGUAGUUUGGUGGUGGGGUUUUUAUGUGGGGUUUGUUGGUGGGGUGGUUUUGUGGGGAUGAUGUGUGUGGUUGUUUGGGGUUUUGUGGUUUGGGGUUGGUGUGGUUGGAUUGAGUUUUGUAUGAGGUGGUUUAUGGUGGUUUUGUGGUUGUUUUGUUGUUGUUGUGGGGGGGUUUUGUGGGGGGGAUGUGUGUUGGUGGGGGGUUGGGGGGGGGGGGGGGGGGGUUGGGGGGGGGGGGGUGGUGGUUGGGGGGGGGGUGUGGGGUUUGGUUGGUUUUGGGUGGUGGGGGUUGGGGGGGGGUGUGGGGGUUUUUUUUGUGGGGGGUGGGGGUUGGUGGGGUUUGUGUGGUUGGGUUUGGUUUUUGUGUUUUGUGGUGGUGUUUGUGUUAGGGAUGUGGUAUGUGUGUGGUGUGUUUUGUGGGGUUUGGGUAUAUGUGGGUGGUUGUUGGGUUGGGGGUGGGUUUGUUGGUGUGUGGUGUGGUGGGUGGUAGGGAAGGGAGAUGGGGGGGGGGGGGGGUUUUUGGGUUGGGGUGGGGGGGGGGGGGGGGGGGUGGGGGGGGGGGGGGGGGGGGGGGGGGGGGGGGGGUGGGGGGGGGGGGUGUUGUGGGUGGGGGUUGGGGAAUGUGAUGUUAUGUUUGGUUUGUGGGGUGUUGGGUAUGUUGGGGUGUGUUGUUGGUGGGUGUUGGGUUGGUGUGGGUGUUGGGUGUGUGGGUGGGGUGGUGUGGGGUUUGGGUGUUUUGGGGGGGUGUGGGGUUUGGGGGGGUGUGUUGUUGGGGGAGUUGGGGGGUUGGUGUGUGUUUGGGUGGGUGGGGUGGGGGGUUUGGGGGGGGGGUGGGGGGGUGUUGGUGGGGGGGGGUGGGGGGUGGUGGGGGGUUGGGGGUGGUGGGGGGUGGGGUGUGUGGGGUGGGGGUGGGUUGUGGGGUUGGUGGGGUGGGGUGGUUGUGGUUGUGGGGGGUUUUGGGUGGUGGGGUGGGGGGGGUGUUUUGUGUGGUGGGUUGGUUGUGUUUGGGGGUGGGGGGGGGGUGGGGGGGUGGGUGUGGUGGGUGGUGGGUGGGGGGGGGGGGGGGGGGGGUGGGUGGGGGGGUGUGUGUUUGGUUUUGGGGGGGGGUGGUGA